AAGUCCAACCACAUAUUUCCGAUUAAAGAUUGGACGGAACACCAAAAAGCCAUUGACUUCUUGUUGCCUACCGAUAUUUCCCCUAUGAAGAACAUUUCUCAUUUCUCUUAGUAAGUCUUAUCCCCAUUAACUCCAUUUUUUUCUUUGAAAAACUAACUAAGAAACAUGUCUACUACUUCAGACAGCGAUAAUUCAACUGGCAAAUCCGAGGUACGAUACGACCCACUGUGCCGUCGGUUUUCGCUAGCUGAAAUACAAUCGGCGACUAACGAUUUCGAUGAUAAAUCUGUCAUCGGAACCGGAGGAUUUGGCAGAGUGUAUAAAGGGUUCAUCGACAGUGUUGCCACAGCUGUUGCCGUAAAGCGGUUGAAUUCGGAGUCCAAGCAAGGGGCAGAAGAGUUUUGGGUAGAGGUAAGGAUGCUUUCCGAGCUUCGACACGCCCAUCUUGUCGCUCUUAUCGGAUACUGCAACGAAGGAGAAGAAAUGAUCCUUGUUUACGAAUAUAUAGCCAACGGAGCCCUUGCUCAUCAUCUCUACAAAGGUGGUAGAAGAGGAGCUGAUGGAAAUUAUGCAUAUUGUCUUACGUGGGAGCAAAGUCUACAUAUUUGCAUUGGUGCUGCACGCGGGUUAGACUACCUCCAUACAGGUACAGGUACCGAGCAAAGUUUCAUACACCGAGAUGUGAAAACCACAAAUAUUUUGUUGAACGAGAGAUGGGAAGCAAAGAUUUCGGAUUUUGGGUUGUCAAAGGACACUGCAAGCCAAUCACAAACUCAUGUCAGCACAGCCGUGAAAGGAACGUUUGGAUAUUUGGAUCCGGAUUACUUCUUGACUCAAAGGCUAACCAAGAAGUCCGAUGUGUAUGCCUUUGGAGUGGUGAUGUUAGAAGUUCUGUGUGGGAGGCCGGCCGUGGAUACAACACUGGAGGAAGAACAAAUUAGUCUAGUCUUUUGGGUUAGGCAAUGCAUCCAAAAGGGUAGUCUUGAUCAUGUCAUUGAUCCCCCUUUGAGGAGCCAAAUAUCGCCUGGUUCCUUGAAGCACUUUGUGGAAGUAGCAAGCAACUGUUUACAAGAUCGUCCCACAGGACGGCCAACAAUGGCUGAAGUGGCGGCAAGCCUCGAGUAUGCAUUGGCUUUGCAGCGAAGGGGAAUAGUAACAGAAAAUAAUGAUCAUUGUCCUGUCCCAACCAAAAAGAAACACCAACAUUUCUGCCCAAUGAAUUGGAUCGCCAGGAGCAUUCAGAACGACUACCGCAUUGGGUUACCUCAGGCCAAUACUAGUUCUUACAAUGCCGCAAUGUCUAGUAAUCGUGAGUUCCCAGCCAGAGGGAAUUCAUGCGCCAUACCAUGGAAAUACUUAGUUCCAAAAAAGAAAAAUGCCCAGCAUUGAAUGGUUUGUGUAAAAAGUUGUUUGUCUAUAUAUAUUAUGUGUGUCUGUAAUGUAAAAGAAUAUACGUUUGUCCAAAGUUGUAAGAUAGAAGUCAUGCUUGUUUUUAUGCUUCUCCUUAUGCCUAUAUAUAAAAGGAGAAGCCACCAAUGGUUGUAAUCAGACUUGUUUUCCAAAUAAUAAACUCCUGUGUUUGCAUAUUUGAAUGGAAA